GUGCUAUAGCACGUCAUGGCGGGAGGUGCCGCGGGGGAUUCUGGGAGAUGGUCCAGGCAGUGACUGCAAGAGAAGUCGCACGAUUGGCUGAAGUAACACAAGGCGUUCGGUGCAAACAUGGAGGAGGCGCAGAAUCUAUUUCGAGAAGGUGUGAUGUCCCACUUGGAGGAGUUGGAGACCCUGUCCCGUAAUUUAGCUAUGAGACAAGAACAAAAAAGAUCUGACCUUUACAAAAUGGAGAGCAUGAAGGAGAUGGCUGUCAAGCUGAGGAAAGAGAGGGAUGAUAUCCGGGCUAAACUGAGUCUGCAGGAAGCAGAGAUUCAAGCAUUCACCAAUCAGAAGACCUCCAUACUCGAUCUCCGGCAGACAUCGGAAAGCACCCAAGAUCCUAUCCGAGAGAGGGAGCUGGAGGAAUUAAAGGAGAUCCUGGGAGCUUACUGGUUAACAGGUAUCAGCGGCAAAUUGACCAAGACGGGAGCUUGUAUUUGUAUAAGCACGGCCUUUGAAGGGAAAUACCUAGAUUCCUAUUACCUGGAUUUGGUUUUACAAAAGAAUGUAAGGAUUGAGCGCCAUUCUGUUCCUGCAUUCAUUCCUCUAGAUCAGAUUGCGCAGACACAUUUAAACAAAGGAGAACUUAAGAGAUUUCUCUUCGUCCUAUUUGAGCAUUUGAAUGCCUACUCUGGGAGGAAGUACCAGGCCGAUCAGCUGCAGGCUCUGCCAAAGAUCGUCAUCCCUAGUACUGUGCAUAAGGACUCUCUUUGCACUUUGCUUACGUUCGAAUAUAAUAUGCAGGUGGAAGGAACCAGUGUUUGUUUUUGCGCUAAAUUACUUUACAGGGAUCUCACACGAAUCCUACCCACUGAAGUUGAAAUCACUUACAAAGAUCCCACGCUAUCCUUUCCAGACACUGUAUCAUCCCAUUCCUCGCUGUUCAGCAGAAAACCCCUUCCUAAGGCUCUGGAAAUGUUGAAAUCUGCUAAUGAAACACUGGUCCAUUCAAGCAUGCCUUUAUUGGAGACAGAUUCAUUCUAAUCUCUGUUGGUUCUGAUUUCAGAAUUCGAUUACAUUAAUAGUGUAAUACAGCAAACUUGGUUUUGAUAAAUCUAUAUUGUGAUUAUUCUGGCUCCAGAGACUUUCUAUGUGCUUCAUGUCCAGCAGACACUGCUGAUGAUCAAUGUGGUGGGUUCAGAUUCCUGCUGUGUCAGUGAUAGAUUUGCCUUGUUCUAGGAGCCAUCUGAAGACCGUAGAAGCCACAAACCUUUUGCCACAUGGCUCUCAAACUGCACCUAUACUUUGCCCACAUUCCUUUUACACAAACUGGAACACACAUGGCACAUCAUACCCAACAUGUUCUCACGCCUACAUCCUACAACCACAUACAGCGGCUAUGUGACACGCAUGCACAGACAAUACAUAUUGGCACCCAAGACAAACUCAUUAUAAAUACCAUGUGUGCCUAUAGACAAAAUGCCUUGCUGCUGAUUGGAUUUCAACAGUCUGUAGUAUUCUUUAAACCUUUGUACAUGUUUUUUAUUGGUUUCUUUUGGUUCAUUCAAAGCCAACGGAGUAUGUUUGCAUCAAGAAUGCAGUUUAUUAAAAGCAGAUUAUGAAAAAAUGACAGAAGAAGAUAUUGAUCUUCCAAAAGGAUGUUUGUCUUUCAGAUUUCUCGAAUUUCCUACUACCAUUGUCCACAUCUUCCAUGAAACAAGAAUUCACCAUACAAGUGUUCUGUAGUGUAGCCAAAAAUAUUCUGCAUUUGUGUACAUAAAAUAAAUAUGUUUUUUAUUGUA